AAGUGAAUGAGAGAGAAACCCGAAGGAGAUGCAAGCAAGCUUGGUGCAUUCUUUUCAGAGCUGCGCUUCACAUUUCCAAACAGCAUUGAGUUCUGAAAUAACUGCGACAUGACCCCGUGGCUGUUCCCAGCUCUGCUCCUCCUGCUCCUCCCAGGCUUCUCUGCUGCCCAGAAAGAUAUCACUGGUCCCAAUGCAGUGAGUGGCCAGGAGCGGGGCUCACUGACCGUGCAGUGUCGUUAUACCUCAAAGUGGAAGACCUCUCGGAAGUGGUGGUGUCGAGGAGCUGCCUGGAGUAGCUGCAAGAUCCAGAUUCAAACCGAUGGAUCAGAGAAGGAGCAGAAGAAGGAGCGUUUGUCCAUCAGGGACUACCAGAAAGAGCUCGUGUUCAGGGUAACCUUGGAGGAUCUCAGGAGAGAUGAUGCUGAUAGUUACUGGUGUGGGUUUGAAAGAUUAGGAACUGACCCUGGGCUCAAAGUUAAAGUGACUGUUGUUCCAGAUUUACACGAAGAAAGUUUAUCCUCAGUAAGGCCAAGUCCAACUUUGGCGCCAUCAACCACUAAGACCAUCAAAUACCAGCUAGUGACUACCACCAGCAACUCUACUCAGCUAGAGACUGGCACCAGCGCCCCUACUCGGGAAGGGAGCAUGAAGCCAGCCCCAGCCCACAUCUCUUGGACACAUAUGACUGAAGAUGAGAUCAGGCACUGUAUCUGCUCCAUUGUUAACAUCACCCUUCCUGUUAAAAUCUCCUUGUUUGAGAAGUUAGACUGCUGCUCUCAUUUUGGGGUAAAUGAGAAAUGAGCCAUGGAUUUUGUGGAAUGUGGACUAAUUAGACAAUGGAGAUAGAAUCGGUCUCAUAACUAUGUGUUUGGGAUAUCUAGAGGGGAAGCUCGGAGACAGUGCCUCGUCCUUUCAAGCAACAUGGUACUGAAAUUUACCCUGGAUGGAUGAAACUUCUCUGGAGUGAACUGUUCAGAAAUUCAGUAGUAAUCUGUGAAAAGGACCACUGUUUUUUUCUUUCAAGUUCCUUCUUCUGGACUUGUUCUUCUGGGAAGCUCCAGGACCAAGAGAGUGGCCACUGUGUAGAAGAACAGCUAGUCAUAAGCAGGAAAAGCUGUGUCAGCCCUGGCCGGGAAGCACAGCAGGACACAGUCAGAGGAGGCCUCAUCCAUAGGGGUCUGCAAUGCCAGAAUUUUCCUCUUCGAAGCCAGAUGUACUAAUCAUGAUUAUUGGAUGAAUAUGUAGCGAUUGUGGAGGCUGAAAAAUCCAAAACCUGUAGGGCAGGCGGAUAGCCCAGAGACCUGGAUGCUGUAGGCAGAGGCAGAGGCAGAAGGCAGUCUGGAGGCAGAAUUUCCUUUCAUCAGGACCCUGGGCUGUUUUCUUUUAAAACCUUUAACUGAUGGUUUGAGGCACACCCACAGUAUGGGGAGUAAUCUGCUUCAGUCAAAGUCUAUUGAUUGAAUAUAAUUCCAAGUAAAACAAACUGCCAUAGUUA